CUAAUCCUCCCGUUGUGUAAGACCAGAAACAUCGGUCCCAGCUCCAAAAGAACAGGGGUUCCAAGUGCCGUUCAUAAUGAGCAAGUCCAUUUUUGCCAUGGAAGACGACGAUGAAGACCUCGUGGACCCUCCCAAGCCACCUGAUACCAAGGAUGACCCUCUGUUCGACGAUGACGAUGACUUAUUGGAAGGCGUUGCCGUAGAAGAGAUCUCUGUUCCAAAUCCCACGAGUACCCCGCCUGUUCCUCUAACGAUGAGUCAAAAAGCUAGAAUGGAACGGAAUCGCCUCAAGGCCAAGAGUCUCAAACAAGCUCGACUGAUGGCACGCCCUUAUGCUAAUAACCCGGGCUCCUCUCGGGAUCAAGUAACGGGCGAGAAACUUAUUCGGGUCCAAGAGAAGAAGCUGGUGGAUUCCGGAGCCGGAUUUUUUAUUGAGGAGACCUCCGAAGGCUCAGAUGCGAUUGAUCCGAGCACAUUUGUCCAACUACCGGCCCCAAUCAUCAAACCUGAUCAACCUUCUUGCUUGGAAUGCCAGGAGAACUUCUCGGACUCGUUUCUAUUCCGUACCUUUGACAUCUCGGUGUGCGACAAGUGCAAGGAGACCGAGAGGGAUGGCAAGCACGAGCUCAUCACAAAAACGGAUGCCAAGAACACGUUCUUACUCAAAGAUGUGGAUAUUGACAAACGGGAGCCUGUCUUGAAAUUUAUCAUCCGGAAGAAUCCGCAUAAUCCCCGGUGGGGGGACAUGAAAUUGUUCCUGAGAUCUCAGAUUGAAGAUCGGGCAUUGGAGGUGUGGGGAUCGGAGGAAGCCCUGGAGAGACAACACGAUUUGCGGGAUGAGAAGAAGGAAAAGACGAAAGCGAAGCGGUUCAAUAAUCAGAUUAAAGCCUUGCGAAUGCAGGUCCGGGGCUCACUCUACAAAAAAGAUCUCUCCACUCACAAACAUGAGUUUGGUGAAGAGCAUUAUGACGAGAAACAAGACGAUUAUUAUCAAAAGUGUCAGAGCUGUGAGUUCGUCAAACGGUAUGAAAAGAUGUGAAGGAGAUGGCACCUUCUUGGAUGAAUUAUCAGUAUUACUUAAAUUGACGUGGCCAAUACAAAAACUUGAUAUAUUUCACCAAUA